AUGGCGUUCGCACGCAUUUCACCGCUUACUCUUGAUGGUCUGCCAAAAUACUUAUCAUUAUGUUAUCAUCGUUUGAUUGAGCAUGCGAUGUACACAUUCGCCGAACUUAAUUUGGCUGAUCGAUUGGUUCAUGCAAGACCCGAUCAAGGCAUGACCGUUCAAGAAAUAAUGGAUGGUGAGCGAUCAUGUUGGGAUCCCAAUUUUAUUUAUCGUCUUUUACGCACUUGUAUUGAUGCUGACAUUGUCCAACGAGUUAAUGAUGACCAACAUUUCGUGUUAACUGAAUCGGGACGUAUGCUAACAUCCGAUCAUUCAUCACAUUCUCGUGAUUUCGUUCGUUGGGUAUUAGGACCACUUUUCAACAAUUCUAUGUAUCAAUUACCCGAUCUAGUACGUCACAAAGGUGCAGGGUCAGGUAUGACGCGUGUUACAGGUGGAUUGAAUUUGUAUGCAUACAUCUCUCAACCCGGUAAUCAAGAACUUGCAUCUAUAUUCAAUGGUGCUAUGAUCGCUACCUCCAUGAGCACCGGUACAAAAUUGGUGUCAGGUAUCAAUUACGACCGCUUUACCACUCUAGUUGAUAUUGGUGGUGGCUCUGGCACAUAUUUAGCUCAAAUUCUCGAGCAUUAUCCAUCUAUUAGUUGUGGAAUAGUGUUCGAUUUGCCAUCUGUCAUCAAUCAAACGAAAGAUAGCGAAGGGUUUAAGUCACGCAUGAUUCCUGAGACGAAAGUCAAAUUUAUUUCUGGCGACAUGUUUGAUUCUUCAACAAUUCCACAAGCAGAUGCUUAUCUGAUCAAACAUAUUUUUCAUAAUUAUAACGAUGAAAAAUGUGUGACUAUUUUAUCUUCAAUUCGCCAAACGAAUCAAAAUCGUCUCGGAAGACAAUCAAUAAAGGUGUUUAUAGUCGACUAUAUCAUUUUUCCUGGUGAUGCUCUGAGCAAUUGGCAGGCGCAUGCACUCGAUAUAGGAAUAGGCGUCUUUCUUGAAGGUGGCCGUGAACGAACGAUUCAAGAAUAUGAACAAAUUAUUAACAAAGCUGGCUUUAAACUGGAAAAGAUCUAUCCUGUUCAGGCACCAGAUUCAAUUAUCGAAGCCGUCCUUGUCGACUAA